CGUCGGCAAGCUUCCUCCCAUUUCCCGCUCCACCUGACAUCCGACCGCGUGCACGGCAGCGCGGCGCCCCAGCCUCCGUCGGCCAGCAUGGACCCCACCGACCAGUCGCCGGAGGAGAUGUACUCCGUGUGGGCCCUCCUGCCGGAGCCCGUCCGUCGCCGCCUUCUCGGCCUUAUGGCCGGCCUCCGUGCCGCGCACGGCGGCGCGGUCUUCGAGCCGCACGCCACCGUCCUCGGAGCCAUGCGUCUCCGCCGGUCCGCCGCCAUCGAGGCGCUACGAGCCGCGGCGGCCGGCCUCGGCCCAUACACCGCCCGCGUCGCCUCCAUCGGCCGCUACGGCGUCAACCUCCUCCUCGAACCAACCCGUGAGGUGAUGGCCACGAGCGACCACUGCCGCGCCCACUUCGGGUACCAGAGACCGACUCCGUACGUGCCGCAUCUGAGCCUCCUGUAUGGAGAUCACCUGACGGAGGAGGAGAUGGCAGCGGCGAGGAAGAAGGCAGGGGAGAUGGACAAGGGAAUAUUUGGGCUGCAGUUCGAGAUAUCCGAGCUCGCGCUUUGCAAAACGGAUCCGAAGGACAAGAGCUUGGAGUCAUGGGAAUUGGUUGAGCUGUGCCACCUUCAGAAGAAGUGAUUUCAGCUUGCUCCCAAUGCAUGCUGCCAUGUACUCCUACUCUCUAUUUUUGCGACUUUUGUGUACGUGUAGUAAUAACCACAUGUUUAACAUGUCUCCUGGAGCCCUUCUGCUUCGAAUAAGGAAAUAAUUAAAUAUAAGGGGUUGGAACUGUUUUGUCUUCUUCUUUAUCGA